AUGGGCCUCGAAUCCCAUGUAGAAUCUCUCAAGCUGCCUCCCGAGCAGCAGCAGCAGCAGCAGCAGGAGCAGGAGGAGAAGGAGGGGCAGGGGAAACAGGGAGUGGUGCAGCCGCAGCAGAUACUAAGCGGAGUACUUCCAGGCUUCCGCUCAGGCGCAUAUAGCGCGGAUGCACAUGCUCUAUGUCUUGGGAGCAUGGCGAGAGGGGUAGGAGCGACGUUAGUGGAAGGACCCGAGCCUUCAAGUCCCCCUCAUGCGGAGAUUGUGGCGCAAGAUUGCGCGGGGACGGCGCAGAAGCGCCAGCGCAAGAUGACCCCCAAAGGCCUGGAGCUGGAGCGCGCGCUCAUGGUGCGGAAGAGAGCGCGCGCCGCCGCUAGGAACCGCGCGGAGCAACCGAGCGGAAGAAAGAAUGAGCAGGAAGCAGCGGGUAAGUGGGCAGGCGGAGCGGAGCGGGGAUGCGGGGGAAGCGGUGUAAACGGGAGGCGAGUAGGGGAUAUGAGUUGGAGUGUGGAUGUAGCAGGGGGGCCCGUGGAGCGUGCAGGAGAGGCGGCGAGGGGAAUAAAUGGGCGGAUGGGAGUGGGGGAGUGUGCGCUGAGCGGAAGUAGCGGUCAAGAUAGGGACCAAGAUUGGGAAUCACGCGGGGGGAACACGGGGAAGAGUGCUGGCGGCAGUUUGCAGCCCGGAGAGACGGGUUGGGAGGAGUGGAGGAGGAAUGGAGGGCGGGAUGGUGGUACGGAUAGCAGACGGGAAGCCUCUUUUAGUGGGAGACGGUACAGGGAAGAGGAGGAGGAGGAGGAGGAGGAACCUCCCUGGGAGCAGAGAAAUGGGGGAGAAGAAGAAGACAAAGAAGGGGAGAAGAACAAAGCGGAUGGGGAGGAGGAGGAGGAUGGGAAGGGGAGUCUAGCAGGCCGGUUGGCAGGGUUGGGUGCGUCGUAUGCGGCAGAGUUAAGGGAUGGGCUGGGCGGCUUCACCUGUCGCAUGCAGGAAAGGGAGGUCGCAAUUGUGGUGAUGGAGCGCACUGGAGGGGCCGAAGGAGGAGGCGAGGAGGGGGAGGAGAGGAAAGCGAGCAGGCCGAGGGGAGACGAGGAAAGGGAGACUGUCGGAGGGGGUAUAGUUCUGAGGGUGGCGGAUGUGUUGAGUAGGCGGGUUAUGCAGGCGGAGGGGGAGCUGGAGAGCGGCAAAAGCGGGCAGGGGGAGGUGGGGCGCGGGAGGAACGGAUGCGUGGUGUUGGGGUGUGAGGUGGAGAGCGAGAGGGAUGCGCGUGUGGGAGGGGAGGAGUUGGAGUGUGCAGUUGAUGUUCCUGUCAGCCUUUGUCUCAACGGCCCGUUUCAGCUUCCAGGCUACUCCUCUGGUGGUGCUGCUGGUGCCGUGGCUAGGCUUGUCGCAGUGACAGCACUGGCAGCAGCAGCAGAAGCAGGAGCAGGAGCAGCCGCAGGAGCGGCAGCAGCAGCAGCGAAAACGAGAACGUGGACUGCCCGCCAACACAGCCGUUUAUGCCCCUCGCCACCCCACGUCUGGCCUCCUGGUACAGACCGGCGAGGGACGAGAGGAGAUGGCAAAGGGGCGAGAGGCGGCAAUAGUAGCACAUCUGGUGAUUCUAAGGGGAGCAGUGGUAGCGGGUCAGGUUCAGAAGGUCGGUUGGGCGGGUGUGGGCGAGGUGGUGGGGGUGGGAGAGGGAGGGGGGAGAGAGGAGCGCGCGGGAGACGCAGAGGGAGGGGCAGGCGGGGUUUCGGUGGUAGGAGGAAGCUGAGGUGGGAGAUUGGCGGUGGUAGGGAGGUGGUGAGAGGAAGGAGACGAGGUUCGGAUGGAGAGGAAGCGGCGACGAGAGUUAGACGGUCUAGGAGGCUUGAGCUGAAGCAGACUGAGGAGGAGGAGGAAUGGGAGGAGGAGGAGGGGGACGAGGAGGAGGAAGAGGACGAAGAGGAGGAGGACGGAGAGGAAGAGGAUGAGGAGGAUGAGGAAGACGAGGAAGAGGAAGAGGAGGAAGAGGAGGAGGGGGAAGGUGAGAUGCAACGGAGAGGGUGGAUGGGGCAGGGGAGGGGGGUGAGGGAAGUGAGGAAGAGCCGGGAGAAGGUUGGGGAGAAACGAUAUUGGAUGAAUCAUAGAAAGGAGGAGCAGCAAGGGGAUGAGAAAGACGAGGAGAAAGAGGAGGAAGAAGGGGACAAGGAGGGGCAGCGUGAGAAGGAGGGACACAAGGGUGUGAGAGGGGUGGGUGAGGAACGGGAUGAAGUGUCCAGUGAUGAGAAGGAGGUGAAGGAGGUGAAGGAGCAAGGCGGCAUGCAGGGAGGGAGGAGAGCAGGUGGCACGGGAGAAAGCAAGGCGGAUGAAAGGAAGGGCGUGGGGGGAGUGUGCAGCAGGCGGAGGAGAUCAACGAGUGGCAGCAGCAGCGGGGAACUGCAUGCGCUGCUCGUGGCAACGCAAGAGGAAACGGUGGCACGUGGAGCAAGAGUUGGAGCAAGUAGAUUAUGCGAACGAGGGUUUAGGCAGCAGGCACGGCUGCCACGGCAGCAGCAGCAGCCCCACCGAACCCACAGCAGACCCCCCGUCCUUCGCGUUAGGAUCCUGGAGAGGUAUGGAGGGGAGAAGUGGGGGGGGAGGGUUGGGGCGAGGAGGCUGCUGGUUCGGCUGGCGGUUGUGGCGUUUGCACCGGCGUGGAGAGCGAUGGGGCAGAGCGGGGCUGCGCGUGUGGAUAGAUGCCGGCAUGGGUGGUUGAGGGAGAGGCGGAGAUUGCUGGGCAGGUGGAGGGUGGAGGAGAAGCAGAGGGAAGAGAGUGAGGACGAGGAGGAGGAGGAGGGAUGGGAGGAGGACGAGGAGGAGGAGGAGGUGGAAGUGAGAGGAAGCGAGGGAGGCAAGGAAGGGGAUGAGGUGGCAUUGGUGAGGGCUCAAGCAGGGGGAGAGAGGGAAGCAGGCAGGGAGAUGGGGUAUGUGAACGGCCAUGAUAUGCCUGUUCCCAUGGCACAUGGCAGCAGCACACCACCAGCACCACCACCAGCACCACCAUAUGUCAGCAUGGCCCACAAUCCUGCUGCUGCAACUUGUCUUCACCACCAGCUGACUGGGCAUGACAACUUCUCACUCGCUGCCUGUGGAAAACUGCAAGUUCCAGUAGCAGCAGGCACAGCAGCAGCACCGACAGCAGCGGCAGCAGUGGCAGCAUCAGCAGCAGAAGCAGCUGCAGCUGCAGCGGCAGCAGAUGCACCCAAGCCUGUGGGCCUGUCGGGGCUGGAUGUGAUUCUGUCACAGAAGCGCGGAUGGGGAGGGGCGCACGCGAGCAGGGAUGGGCAGGAGGCGGGAGGGAGUGCAGAGGGGCACAGGCAGGUGGAAGCGUGCUGUAUUGGGCAUGGAGGUGGAGGGGACGGGGAGGGGCGGAGGCAGGCGGAAGAGAGUGCAGGGAGAGGGGGAGAUGAGUCUACAGAGCUGACAGUUGCUGCCCCUGCUGCAGCAGCUGAGGGUGAUGCCGCCGGUUGUGAUGGGGGCCUAGCUCAUCCUGUUCUUGCUGCUGCUGCUGCUGCUGCUGCUGCUGCUGCUGCUGCUGCUGCAGCGGUACGUGAGUGUGAAGAGAGGCAAGCACCAUGCGAAAGGGAGGAAAGGCAGAAGGAGCAGGAGGAGCAGGUGUGCGGGAUAGAGUCAGAGCCAGUCACUGUGGUGUGUGAGCACACUGCUGUGGAGAUUUCAACUCAAGUCACUUCAGUCACUGCUCUCUCUGCCCCCGCUGGGGUCGCUCCGGCUCCCACCUUCCAUCUCUGCGACCCUCUGCUUUCCACUCCUGUUCGCCCCACUCUCCCCUCCGCCCCUGCCGCUGCUGCUGCUGCUGCUGCGAUUGCCACAGCAACCGCCAAUCUGCUUCUUCCGUUGGCCCUCCUGCCCGUGAGGCUGAAAACUUUCAAGCUGCCCGAUUUCAUAAGGCGACAUAGGCACCACCGAGCAGCAGGAAGAGGCAGGAGAAGGAAACAUCAGGUGCAGGAGCGAGAGGAUGAGGGGAGGCGGGAAGGCAAAACUGAGAAGAGGGGGAGCAAGGGGACAAAAGGCAGCAGAGGGAUGAGGGACAGCAGAGGGGCGAGGGUAGAGACGAGAGCAGGAGAGCAGUGGGACAAGGUAGAGUGCGGAUGGGAAAACGACGGGCAGCAGCAGGAGCUGAAUUUGAAUGGUUCAGGGCGGAGGAAGAGGCAGAGGAGUCACAGGAAAAGUGCCGGUGCAAGGGAGAGGGAGGGGCGAGAGGGGGUGGAGAGGAUGCUUGCACUGGAGACUGCUGGUGCUGCUGCUGCUGCUGGUGCUGCUGCUGCUGCUGGUGCUGCUGGUGCUGGUGAAAAGGAGGGUGCGGCAGCAGUGGCAGCUGCUGCAGCUUCUGUGAGGCGCAGUGCAGGUUCAGUGGCAGCAGGAGAGGCAACACCACUCACAACAGCGCAGAAUGUUUCCGUACCUGUUCCGUCUGCUGCUGCUGCUUCUGCUGCUGCUGCCUCUGCCGCUGCUGCUGCUGGUGGUGCUAGGGAGCAGCUGGAGGAGCAGAGAUCGGAACGGCAGCAGUGGCCGCAGCAGCGACUGGGGGAUUUCAAGGCAAGAAACGCAGGGAGGCACGGGAGUAGAGGGGGGGGCAGUGGUGCUGCUUCCGCAGCUGCAAAACAGACUGCUGCAGGAGUAAGAGCAGGAGCAGGAGCAGGAGCAGGAGCAGGAGCAGGAGAGCCUAGGACAUGGUCCUUGGAAAGACGGUGGAGGCAGGGAGAGAGGCAAGAAGAAGGGCUUGACGAAGGUGGCAGGUUGAGUGAGGGAAGCGAGGGGAUUGGACGGGUGGAGGACCAGGAGCAUGUGAGGGAUGGAAAGGAAGAGCAGGAGGAGAAUGAGGAAGAGGACUUGGAAGAGGAGGAAGAUGAAGAGGAGACAGCUUCUGAUGUAGAAACGGUGUGCUUUGAGUCGUCUCACGCGGACCAGUGCGUGUCUAGUGAGCGUGCAAACACUAGCGAGAGAGUUGGAGCGAGUGAGAGAGAGGGGGAGGGCGAGGGGGAGAAGCGUAGGCUAAGCGACUUGCGACUGAGUGGAGGAGGUUGUAAGAGGAGGAGCGGCGAGAGAGAGGAGAUUGCGAAUGAUGGUAGCCAGCAGCAGCAGCAGCAGCAGCAGCAGCAGCAGCAGCAGGGCGAUAGGUUCCGAGGGGCAAGGGGAAGGGGAGCAGAGGGAAAUUGCGAGACGUGA